AGGUACUCCGUACUCAAGGUCGAAACCACGUGUGUCACCGCACUGAAGGAUAGCCCGGCUCGGCCACCUCCUUCCAAAUAGGGAGACAGAGGAGCCGGCCCACUGCAUUCAUCCAACCAGCCCCUUGGAAGACACGUGAAGUGGGCCACCUUUAUCGGCUCCAGUCCAACUGUCCCGUCUUUGGUGUACCAAGAUUUGACUGGAGAAACCCUGCCCGAGAAAUGACGAAUGCGACAGAUGCCCUGUCAAUCAUCACGAUCAAUUCUCUGUCCAGGCCUGCUCCUGUUCCACUGUGGCUGACUGGCUGUAAACUGUAUGCAUGGUUGACAGGAAGGCCAUUCAGGCGAAGGGUGGAUGACAUCCGCUGAUCAUCAUCGUCACUGAGGACUGUGCAGACCACACCGGAUGAGAUCCUUUGUUUCCUACGACCUCAUCGCAACCUCGAUCACCAGACGGAUCUACCUCGGGUCCCGUGUUGGUGGUACAGGCAAUCAAUCCCCGGUUCCAAGUCGCAAGCAAAUCCCGAAUCUCUGGACGGAUCUACUGUCACUACUGGUGGUCGACGCCAUGAUGGUGGUUGUGGUGAUCCGCUAGGCGCAUUUCCCCUAUCAGGCAAAAAUCAGAAGAAGAAAAACCAAAAAAAAAAAUCGAGUCGAACUGAUUCAUCAGCGCAACUAAGCCUGCCCUAGACUGCCGACUACUUGGAGUAUAUUGUGAGGUUGGUGAAUUUUGUGAAUGUGCUCAAACCUCCUCUUCAUCCACCCAUUCAGGCAAUUGUGAAUUUGGGCAAAGUUGGCGUCCGGGCCCGGAGACUGCGGGACGCAGAUACUGCCUCUUCCAGGCCGUUGAACGUUUGGAUUCCCCACCGCAUCUGCCAUGGACCCGGCUACGGUCGGGGUCCACCUUGUUUAGCGCGGACAAGACUGAGGGGGAUCGAGGGAGAGCGCAUCACUUUGUGCGUGGCAUCCAAAAGUACGCGAUGUAGGAAAGGUAUGCAGGCUGAUCC